AUGACCCAGAGGAGCCAUAGGUUUGAGGAUGAGAGCCUUAGAUAUGUCACAUUGGGUUGUGCUCAGGGUGGGAUGGCACGUAACCGUACAUCAAAUGUUGCCAAGCCACGUCCGACAUCAAAGACAGACUGUAAGGCAAGAAUAAAUGUGACGUUAGAAAGAGGUGUGUUCAAGGUGAACGGUGUAGAUAAUUCCCAUAAUCACGGAUUAAGUCCAAAAAAGUCGAGAUUUUUUCGCUGCAAUAGAGAAGUGAGCGAGUCCGUUAAGAGAGUGUUAGACAUAAAUGAUCAAGUUGGGAUAAGAAUGAACAAGAGUUUUGCCUCUCUUGUGCAAGAAGCGGGUGGGUUUGAGAACUUGCCAUUCAAUGAAAAGGACUGUCGGAAUUAUAUUGACAAGGCACGCCACCUUCGACUUGGGAAAGGUGGUGCUGGAGCCCUCCGUGAGUAUUUUGCGCGGAUGCAAUACAAAAAUGACGGAUUCUUUUCACUAAUGGAUAUGGAUGAUGACGGACGGUUUAGGAAUGUAUGCUGGGCGGAUGCACGAAGUAGGGCAGCCUACAAAUAUUUUGGUGAUGUUGUGACCUUCGACACGACUUAUUUGACAAACAGAUAUGGGAUGCCGUUGGCACCGUUUGUUGGUGUAAACCACCAUGGCCAGUCGAUUUUGUUGGGCGCAGUUGAGGAGUUUGAGGGGUCUUGGGAAGUGUUAAUUCAGAAGUACAACUUGCAGGAUAAUGCUUGGUUGAAGAGUUUAUACGCUGAGCGUAUGUAUUGGGCACCGGUAUUCAUGAAAGAUGUUUUCUGGGCUGGAAUGAGUACAACCCAACGAAGCGAGAGUAUGAACGCUUUUUUCGACGGGUAUGUUCAUGCUAAGACAAACUUAAAAGAGUUUGUCGAUCAGUUUGAUAAUGCAUUGAGGAAGAAGAUUGAAAAUGAAAGUGCGGCGGACUUCCAAGAAGUUCAAAAAGAAGUAAUAGAGAUGCUUGCAACUCUUCCAACUCUACACCGGAAGGAUGGUGUAAUUGCAACAUACAAUGUAGAAGAUGAAGUGAGUGUUAAUGAUUUCAUCAAGGAGGUUACCCACAUGGUCUACUUUAAUGAGGCUGAAUGUGAGGUGAAGUGUUCAUGUGCCUUGUUUGAGAUGAGAGGGGUAUUGUGUAGGCACGUAUUGGGCAUUAUGAGACUUAACAAAGUUCGAUCAGUGCCAGAAAAGUACAUACUAGAUCGAUGGCGGAAAGACAUAAAGAGAACUUACACUCUUAUACGAAGUAGUUAUGAUGGGGUUGAUGAGAGACCUGAAGUUAGCAGAUAUUCACGUAUCAUCAAGAAAUGCAACGAAGUAUCCACAAAUGCAUCUUCAUGUGAUGAGCACACGGAGGAUAUGCUAGCUAAGUUACAUGCAAUGAACUUAGGCUACCGCACGAACAAGCCACCAUCAAAGGUGAAUGUUACAACUGUCGUGGAAACUACAAUUGCCACUUCUAAAUAUGUACUGAGUCCCCAUGUAGUGAGAGGAAAAGGCAGAUCGCGAUCUCUCAGGAAAAAAUCCAUGAUUGAACAUUUGAAACCCACGACAAAGAAGGCUACUCAGAAAGGAAAACGUAAACAGCUGCAUGGAAUAGAAGGCGAAAUUGUGGGAACUAGAAGGAAUUUAUUUGGUUCCACAGAUGUUGGGACACAACAAAGUGUCACAUUUCAGCCUCCUCAAAACGCUACCAAAGUGUUGAACUUUAGUACCACUGAGUUAGACUUUACGAUGCAACUUCGAUUGGAUGGAACCCAGCCGGAUAGCUUGCCUGGGACACAACCGUGGCAAUAG